UAAAAAAAAAUAAGAGAGAGCAGAAAAACGAGAAAGAGAAUGAGUUCAUAGAGCUCCGGUUUUUGCACAAAACCGAUGAGCAACAAAAUUAGAGUGGUUGUUUUAUCCUGGAGGCGACCGGCUGAUAGUAUGCCAUGCGCAAUGAAGGCAAUGCCGCGAACGUCUUAAAGAGAGCGACCUAGUCCGCGACUAAGCCAGAUCGGUAACCCUAUUUUUUCUGUUCGGUUUCUAACAAUAAAAACUUACAAUGAGAACCCCCAAAGGGUUGGUCCAGUGGUAAAGUUGGAGGAUAAACUUACAACGAAGGGUAUGACAUGUUUGAUGAGUUUUACUUCAUAGAUUAUUUUAUGAAACUGAUCAUGUUAGCAUUUACUGCAUCAGCCUCAACCUCAUGUACUUUUGUGGUUUGGUGCACUAAUUUUACUGACAGUCCUUUGGUUAGUAGUAUUUUUAUUAUUUUUAGUGAAGGUGAUAAUGUUAUUGAAGAAACAAAAGAAUCCAACAACUUCAUUAGUGGUGUAGGUGCAAGAGAAGCAAGAAAGAAUGGAGUAGGAUGGAAAGUAGGCAAAGAGAAUCAAUAGAAGGUUUGAAAAAAUACAGCUUCAACAUCUGCCAAACGAAUAUGGGUAAGAGACUGACUUCAUAUCCGUUCAAAUUAUGCUGACACCAUUGAGACCAAGAUCCAACAGCCAUUGGAUUUUGAUCUCAACAAUGUUAGCACGAUCUGGCACUAUUCAUAGUCAGUCUCAUAACCGUGCUCCUGCCAAACUCAACCAAAAGCAACAAAAGCCACUUAGAAAGACAGCAAAUGGAGGCAUCAAACGUGAAUACCUAGUUGUUAAUGAUCAAUGAGUUAAAUGAUUUAUGAGAAACUCGAAAAGCAAUAAUUGGUACCUUGUUCAUUACAAUCCGCUAGUAAUUCCAGUAAUAAAGAUUGGCAGGUUAUGAACUCCGUCUCUUUCCAUAUAUAUGAAUGGCAAAUGGUCAUGCUUGUGGUGGGUAGGGUUAAAUUCGUGCCCCGUCCCGCCUUAUAAUUUUUGACCCGCCUUACCCCACGUCCCAUGGCGGGUCGACGUUUUUUGCUCCAAUCAUUGCCCCGUACGGGCGGUUAAAAUCCGACCUGCCUCUACUCCUCUAAAAUGACGACCUUUAAAUCCAAAAUACCAACCAAAAUAGAUGAAUUUUUACAUGCAAGUGAUGGAAUAUGAAUUGACAUACCUAUCUAUCUACAUUCCAUACGAGCCAAUUGGCGUGCCACUUCAUUUCCUACUCUUCCUUAGAAUCUCCAAGUUAUCACCCCAAUUUGUUCUACAAGUUCCCUUAUUUCAUCACAUACCCCACCAAUAUCUAACCGCGAUGAUUCCUCUUGGUUCAAUUUAUAGAACAGUGUUUGGCAAUCGGUCUCCAUCAGUGCCGGUUUAAAGCCAUGGGUGUUCCUUAACUGGCAAUGCCCGUUGGAAAGCUUUUGCUUAUGCUAAUUCCUACCCCCAAUUAACGGACCGCCAUCUGGAAUCGUCCCAUCCGGUCUCUCCCCUCCCCCCUCCCUCGCGAAAGGAAAUUUGCAGCAUCAACAUUUGCAUUUGUAGAAGAAAAUAAUGGGGUCAGUAGGAAUUGAACUCAUGACCAAACACACAUUAAGUAGCAUAUUAGCUGAAUUGGAAGUUUGGUCACUAGAAUUACUAAAACAUUUCACGUUUGCCACUAAAAUUACUUUAUUCCAUUAUCAGUCACUAAAAUUCAACAAUUCAAGGUUGGUCACUCUCCUUUAGUCUCCGUUAACUUUUUCUGAUGUGGCAGUCAACUCUUAGAGCGGAUCGUUAAAUGAGUGAUGUGGCAAAUAAAAAUAAUAUUUUAUUAUUUCCUCCUCAUUAUAGGUAUAUAUUAAAAUAAAUACAACUUCUUCCCUUCAGCUUCCCGUCGGACACUCACCUCGACCGGACAACCAGGGGUGGGUAAACUCGUCCUCUGCCCGGCUACUUCCUCCAAGGGAAUCCAACACCUUUGAUUUCCCUCUUCACUGGGGGACGACCAUGAUACCUUGGUGCACCACAGUCCCGAUUCCCCCAAUUACCAAACAAAGUAAAACAAUUUUUAUCGAACUCAUCAUCAUCGCACUGAUUUCCCCGACCGGCAGCGGCUAUAGCCUCCUCGACAAUAGUUCGAUCUCUUCUUCUCCCUCAUUUUCAAACAAUAAAAGUCCAUAACUCCGUUAAAAUACCCAAUCAAAACGCGUCCCCCCUCGCCGUCAUUGGAAUCUUUUGCUCUAGCUCCCUCUAAGAAGAAGAAUAUUGAUUGGCCCUCGAAUUUUAUGAAACCCUCUAGCGCGCCUAGAACGAAGGGCUUUGCCCUCUUUCCCGAUUUUCUCCUAUCCCCAACGACCCAGAUCUGGCCUCCUCCACGAGCUUCCUGGUCAUGGCGGCGGCGACACGAUUGUGGUGCACGGUACGUAUGAGGGAGAAUGACUCGAAGAGGCGGGAUACGGAGUAGACGAUAACGGGAAUGGAGCGGCCGAGGGCGGCAAAGAAGAAGAUCGGGUCUAGGAGGGUGUGGCAGGAGCAAGCGAAUAAGAUCCCAGAGUAUUCCUGCGGUGGCGGAGGUUGGCCGAAGGUGGGGAAUACGAUGGCGUUUUCAGGUACACGAUUGCUUCUUCAUGGCUAUAUGACUCUUUCUCAAGAAUGCGCAGGGUCGGACAACGCUCUUCGUCCACUCAAUUAGGCCGAAGUUCUCCCAUCCACGUUGUCGUUCCUAAAAUCCCCAACCCAUAACCAUCUGUCAUCGUGACAUUGACCGGCGAAAGCCACGACCCUGUCUUAACUUGACCCUCAUCGCCGUCACCCCGGAUUCAAAUCCAAAUUGGACGAUGACUUCGGCUGGAGCAAAACUAGACGACAAUGAAGGGAAUCGGACUAUUCGUAGCGGUGGGAUGGGACAUUUAUUUUUCAAUGUUUAUAAUUAGAACUAUCAAUUUUAUGUUUUUUUUUAUUUUAAUAUAUAAUUAUAAUGAGAUGGAAAUCAUAAAAGAAUAAUUUAUAUUUUUUAAUUAUUUUUAUUUGUUACAUCACUCAUUUAACGGUUAACUCUAAGAGUUGACUACAUCAAAAAAGGUAACAUAGACUAACAGAGAGUGACCAAACUUGAACUGUUGAACUAAUUUUAGUGACCGAUAAUGGAAUAAAUUAAUUUUAGUGGCAAACAUGAAAUGUUUUAGUAAUUCUAGUGACCAAACUUGCAAUUUAGCCACCAAGAAAAUAUAUAAAAUUCCUAAAAUACCGAGGCCCCCGAUUGCAACACAUGCUAUUGGCCUACCUUGCUUAAGAGCCACAUACGUUUCCAGUUGAUAGGUGUAUACCUUUCACCUCUAUUUCCAUUCUUCUUUCGGAUUUUUCCGCAAAUACAACAAUAAUUAAAAAAUUCCUAAAAUACAACACUUAUAAAACUUUUCCCCAAAAUACUUAAGUUUGCAGUGGUUCGAGUCCAUUAAACUCGAACCAUUUGUGAGAUCGAGUUUGAGAACCUCGAUCCACUUUCUGAGGUAGUAUAUCAAGUCUGAUGGCCUCGAUCCACUCCUUGAGGUAGUGGAUCUAGUUUAUCAAACUCGAUCCACUGCGUUGAAAUUUCUAAUAUCCUUAAUUUUGUGCUCGGUUAUCCGAUCAGAGUGAAACUUUUUUUGAUUCCGCAUAACUUUGUGUGGACUACAACGUUUUUAAUAGAAAUAUUUUCAGAAUAUAUGCGUAAAUGUGAAAAGUAAAUCUAACCUUAUUCUCAAAACCUCUUAUAUCCAAAAAGAUUUCCUAUUUUGAAAUUUUCAUCCUAGUAAAAGUUGUAGGACUCAAAAUUUUAUGCAAAAUCAAGACAAAAUUUGUGAAUAUCGGAUUACGGAGCCAAAAGUUAUGACCGUCCAAAGUUUGGAAAAAAUUGAAAAAUUGGUCGUUUAGUGUAGCAAAUGACAUUUUUAUGAUUUUCUCAAACUUUAAACGAUCAUAACUUUGUGCUCCAUGAUCCGAUUUACUACAAAGAAAUUUUCAAAAUAGGAAAUCUUUUUGGAUAUAAUGCGUUUUGAGUAUAAGGAUAGCUUCACUUUUCACAUUUCCGCAUACAUUCAGUAAAUAUUUCUAUUUAAAAAGUUGUAGUCCUUGAAAAGUUACGCGGAAUAAAAAAAAUUUCACUCCGAUUGGAUAACCAAGCACAAUAUUAAGGCUAUGGAAACAAUCCCACUGCACACAUGUUCUUAAAAAAAAUUUCAAAAUACAUAUGUUAUAAAAAAAAUUCCCACAGUACAUAUGUUUGGCAUUCACCGUUUUUGACAAACGCAGUGAAGAUUAUCACCGCGUUUGACAAACACGGUGAAUAUUUCACCGUUAAAAAAAACGGUGACGUAUUCUGCCUCUUACUCUAAAACGGUGAUAUAUUCACCGCUUUUAACUAGAACGGUGAAGAUAUCACCGCUUUAGUGAAAAACGGUGAAUUCGUCACCUUUAAAGGUACAAAAAUAAUGAGGUUUGGGGACCAGAAUAGGGAACGAUCUUUCUAUAUUGUCUCAGGAAAUAAUUUUCUAAGUCAUAUCAGGGACAAGCAUAUUGUGUUGUCCCCUAGAAUAAAGGAUGCAAUUUUAU